CCGGGCCGACCCUCUAGCACUCAUUUGCAUUCCAGCAUUAAAUUCUCUACAUAACUCGCCUUUUUGCUCCACUCGAUCUCAAGCCGUGCUCACUCGCUCGUACUGUACUUAUCCCUCGUGAUUUAUCCGCCGGUAAAUGGUUGCUUAGCCUGGCAAUGGGCAUCCUCAAUUUGUCCAACGAACUCCUUCGUGAGAUUCUCGACCAUAUCGGAUCCGAUCCGGACAAGCUCAUCAGUGUGGACCGACGUGCUUUUCUCUCCCAGGAAAGCUUCAAGCCUCCCGAACGCCCGGAUCCCUCCCAGGAAUAUACCAUUGCAAGCUUCCGCCUUACCUGCAGACGAUUCUCUGAACUUGGUGCCAUUCACCAGUUCACACGGGUGACUACCAGAUUCUCGCGCAAGGGCCUGCAGAGACUGGAGAACAUAGCUGGCCAACGUCAUCUUGCUCAACAUGUCAAGAAAUUCAGUUACAUGGUGCCCUUUUUCUACGUUGAAGGACGUGAGCGCGUGCAUGAAUUGCUACCAACCCUUCCCUCGAGCCUUGGCCCUCUUGACGUCGGUCACUUUGUACGCAAGGUGAACGAUCAAAGGGAAAUCGUUCAGACAAAAGAAGACGUUCGUGUCCUGAACAUGGCCAUCUCUGCGUUCACCUCCCUGCAGCAUGUCCAGAUACUCCGUGUUCAAGAUCAGGAGGAUGGCUUGCUGAUCUCAUAUAUUCGGCAGCACGCCGAAUUUAAUCAACUCGUCGAGCUGCGGUGGCCACCAGCAUGCUCGCAUUCUACAAAGACCAUUGGUGCUGCACUGUUAGCAUCCCAGUCUCCCUGUACUCGAUUCUCAUCGCCAAUGCUGAGCCCCCAGAGCGCGCUAGGCGCCUCCGUCGAUGACUCGUCCGACACUUUCACGCUUCUUGCCGAGCGGCUGACAUGUCUGGAACUACAUUUCGACGACGGCAUAGAUCUCGACGAUCGCAUGCGAGAAUUAUCGUCAUUAUCUAAGGUGGUGUUCAGCGCGGCCAAGAACAUGCAAGCUGUGCAUAUCGGCUUCCCUUCUCAUAGGCCGCUUAAUCUACGCCUUGAAGAGAUAUUCCACCAUGUCAAAUGGGAAAAACUGCUUGCCUUCGGGAUCCAGGCGUGGAGACUGGAUGCAGAUGAAAUCAUAGCCCUAGCCAGCCGGCAUCGCGAACGCUUGCGUGGCUUGAGGCUAAGAGAUGUAUUGUUAAAAGACGGGAGCCGGUGGAAAGAUGUACUAUCCUUUCUCAGAUACAACAUGGACAGGUUGGACUGGGUCAGUCUACGGAGGAUCGACUACGACAAACACUUUGGUGAGCAGUGGGUUCUUGGGGCCGAGGUCCCCGAUGAUCCAUUGAUGGGGAGCUCUGAUGACGAAAGCAGUGAUGAUUGGAGCACGCACGAGGAAGACGACCAUGACAUUCAAGAUCACAAUCACUUCCACUACGAUGAGAGUGAAGAGUCGCAGUACGAUUCUGGGUCAGACGCCGGGACUGAUGAGCCAGAGCAAGGAGGCAAUAUGGAGUUUCCGCCAAUGUCCCCAGAUACCCCUGCAUCCUUGCCUUGCAGCAAUUGCAACGGGCGCAUCAGCUUUGCAGAUGGUGUGGAAUGUCUGGGGGACGAUGGCGUGGCAGUGACCUAUUCGCAGCGUAAACACUGGGAGAAAUGGGUCAUCGGAAAACAAUGCGCCGAGCAUAGUCACAAAUGAACAAGAAGCAAAGAACGGUCGCUCCGAUUCUUCGUGGUCCACUGAAUGCCUCCGAUCGAAAUCGGGACUUUUCGCAACUCAUGUCAUCCAUUCUACGGUUCGAUCAAUGGAAAAUGAUGUUGCCCCGCCUCGCCCAGGAUGUGGCGGACACGUCUUCUCCAAAACGGCCACGCACAUAGACGAACAUGUCGGCAGGGUUUCAUCUUUAGCCUGUACCGAUCAAACCCUACACCGUAGUUCGGGCAGACCAGCGGUCAUCUUGCGUGCCGCUCUGCAUACACAAGCACGCAU